AUGGAUCUCCUGCAAUACUACAACUCUAUGCUGCUCGCCCCUCACAAGCAUCUAACCGACAGGAAGAAACGAGGACUAGCCGACGGGGUUGGGUACUUAGCUAAUAGUUUAUUCGGAAUCCUGGAUCAACGUUUUGCCGAAAAAUACAAAAACGACAUAGAAGCCGUACAUGACAAUGAAAACUACCUACUCGAACUCAUCAAGAAUCAAACAACUAUCGUCGAACUAGAAAACAAGGUGCUAAAGAAAAAUGAAGUUAACAUCCAACAACAAUUCAACGUUAUAGAGACCUUCAUGAACGAAACGAAUAUCAACAUAGCAAAAAUUGAGUCAGCAGUGGAAAUCGCCAUGGCCACGAGCUACUUUAAUUCGGCUUCACUAUCAGCCUACCUACUCAUCAACAAUCUAAAGAACAUGCAGGAAAUGCUAUUCAACACCCUAACUGAUGUCUACAAGGGCCAUAUCGACGUCCACCUUGUGACGCCGGUCAGCCUAAUCGAGCAAAUGAACAUUAUCGCUGGCAAGCUGCCAAGAACCAUAUCUUUACCUGUUCACAACAUACGAGAAGACAUCAAGGACCUCUACAAACUACUGUACGUUAAAGCUCGAGUCACCGACACUUAUUUCUUCUUCGAACUUCACAUUCCUCUAAUUUCAGAUGAAGACUAUACGUUACAUCGUGCUAUACCGCUGCCCAUCAAAACAACUCAAGACACUGUCAUCGUGCAAACAAAGGGCGCCGCGGCCGACGACUGGCGCCGCGCCGCGGGACCGCACGCGCCGCCCGGCAGGCUCGAUCCGAGAAUGCGAGGGCCCCGCCAACCCGUCCGAGGUCCGUGGAUGGAGCAAGGCCCCGGAGGUCCUCCGGGGGGUGGUCCUCCGUUCGGGCCGCGCUUCAACGGCAUGGGGCCGCCGCCCGGCUUCCCCGGCCCCGGCCCCGGGCCGCGCUUCGAGCGCCCGCCCUUCAGCCGCAUGCCCUUCGACGGCCCCGCCCGCCCGCCCUUCGACGGCCCGAGACCCCCGUUCGACGGCGCCCGGCCCCCGUUCGACGGCCCCCGCCCGCCGUUCGACGGCCCCAGGUUCGACGGUCCCCGUCCUCCGUUCGACGGUCCGCGCCCGCCCUUCGACGGCAACCGGCCUCCCUUCGACGGCCCGAGGCCGCCCUUCGACGGUCCGCGCCCGUUUGACGGCCCGCGCCCGUUCGACGGCCCGUUCGAGGGCGACCGACCCUUCGACGGCCCGCCGGAAUUCUUCAACAACCGACGCUUCGAGGACCGAGAGUUCAACGAUCGAGGCUGGAACGGGGACCGCGAGCGCGGCGACCGCGACUGGAACGAGCGCCGGAACGACUGGGACGACCGCCGCCGCGACCGCUUCCGCGACAAGGAGCACGAGGACCGGUUCGACCGGAACAGGAACGACCGCAGGAAGAACUUUGACGAUAGGAACGAUCGCGACCGGGACCGUAGUGACCGUGACCGCAGUGACCGCGACAAGAGUGACCGUGACAAGAGUGACCGUGACAAGAAUGACCGUGACAAGAGUGACCGUGACCGGCCCAAGAGGGAGGAGCGCUCGCGCGCCGACAGACAGAAAGAUAGGAAAUCUAGGUGGGGCGCCGCCGAGGAAGCCAAGGAAGGUGAAACUUCAACGGAGGCCGCGGAGGCCUCUAAAGAAAGCUCAGAAGUACCUAAAGAGGUCUCAGAAGCACCUAAAGAGUUCACAGAAGUACCUAGAGAGAGCACAGAAGCACCUAAAGAGGUUAGCAUUAAUCAACCUGAACAAAUGGACGCUCGUUCUAGUCAGGAUCGUGAAGAAGCUAGAGAACCAGAAAGAGAGAGUGCGCCGAUGGAAACUGAGAGUACAAUAGAGAAGGAAGAUUUUAAGGGGAGGGAACCAGUAGAAAUAGAGACAAAGCAAUAUGAAGAACGCCCUGAACCUCAAAGCUUUGAUGAUAGUCAUCAAGAUUCUGAACCGGUUAGAGAAGAGACCCGAGAAAGUUUUGAAGAAAGAGAACCUCCAAUGGAGGAACCGAAAGAAACGAUAACGUUUGAAGAGGCACCAGUGAGCGACGCUCCAGCGGCGGACUUAUAUGACGCAAACGACGCAGUAGACACUAGCUUCUCAAUAGCACCAGAACAGAAAGAGACAGAAAACAGAAUAGAAGCCACAGAGAGAGAACCAACAGAGACGGAGAACAGAAUAGAAGCAACAGAGUCCAAAACUGAGGACAUUUUCGAGCCCGCCAAAGGAGAGGCUUGACAGCGCCGAAGGUGGAAAUCGGGAUAUUUUCGGUGGAACUGAUUCGGGGUCGUGCGGACUAUUCCGACUAUGGUGUAACGUCUUGUUUGGUAAGAAUUUCUAAACUUUGACUUGUAGAUUAUGAGAUUUGAUUUCGGAAUGGUGAUAUUUCUUUACAGUGUGCGUAGCCAAAUGCACAAACGCUCACGAUAAUAUCUGUUUCGUAGCUAUUAUCUCUAUCGCUCUUGCGUAUUAGCGCGACAGAGCUAUACUGCAGUUCUGUCGGUGUCUGGCGUCGACGAUCGCCAUUCGAAGAGUGCAGAUAUUAGAUUUUCAAAUAUUAAUCUGAAUAUUUUUGGUUCUAAAAGAAAGGAGAAAAUAUCUUGAAAAUUUAAAGGUUAGAAUUUUUUAUCAAAUAAGACGUGAAUUCGAUCCGAUUGAAUUUUAAAUUUGAUUGUUGAUGAAUAGACUGCAACGAAAUACCUCUUGUGAACGUUGAAUGCGAAACAAGUACAAAUUAUUUAUUUCUAAAUCUGUGGCGGUAGAAACAGAUGUAGUUCUUCCUGAAGGAAAUUUACAGCUAAAUAAUAUUGAGGCUUCUUAAGCAAAAUGUACUGUUUUAUCUCCAGUCAACACUUUUUUAUUUAAUUUUAAAACUGAUAAAGUUGUACAUUCUGCUUUAGUACAGUUUUCUGUACACCAUAGUCGGAAAGCGCUUAUAGUGAUAUCAAAGGCAUAUUAGAUAUUAUAUUCGAAUCGCAAGAGGCAAAGAUAAAAUGCACGUAGUUACGCGAAAUCGUUCCAAGCAUAAUGUCAAACUAAUUAAGCUUUUUAUCAAAAACAAUACUCGUUCUUUCUAAUAGCCGGGUCGACACACAGCGAAGCACAUCGCGAGGCAAUUUCCUCGCGCGUCAAACGUGCUAUGUGGCCGUACCUCGUCAGAGGCAUUGCGUGCGUUUUGUUCAGCUAAGCAUCCUGCCCCGGCCAAGGCACGACUACUUGGACGUUCGUUGCGUGAGCACAUUGCCUCGGGAUGUAUAAUCACCGGCAUAAAUAAGUGAUGAUUUCUGUACCUUGUCGUAUUAACGUCUUGUUUGAAAUGUCAACGUAAUUGUCAAACGAUUAAAAGCGACAAGGUACAGAAAUCAUUAGUUCUUUAUGCCGGUGACUGUACCUCGCUGUGUGGACCCAAACAUUCUCAUUUGGAACGUUUUUGCGCAGCUACUUCCAUCAAGUGUCUUCGUAAAGACAGAUUUAUCUUAGCUUCGUGCUUCGAUAAAAAACCAUAUGACGCCAAAGAUUUUAAUAGAAUAUUUACACCUUGUUGAAAUAUACGUGCCUUAUUGGUGACCCGUGUUUGCUUUCCUCGGCGGCGGCGCGGCGCGGACCCCGGCCGCUCAAGUGGAGCGCCCGGGACAGGUAAUACGCACCGAGCACAUAUGUGGACACGCCAUAAUGUCGCAUGUGGACACCCUUAUCGCAUCGUGUUAAUAUUGCAACAUGACUUUGUCCUUUUAUGGUACCUGUGGUUUUACUCAGAGCCUUGGUCAUUCUGACAAAAAUGGCUAGCCAAAUUUGAACGCACACAUUCACAAUAUUCAAUUCAGAAAUGAUUUUGUGCUACACAGUUUGAACUUUAUUUUAUAGCCAACUGAUUGCCAAAUGUAGGAGCGGAUUAUAUUUAUGUUAUGUUUUAAGCGAUAUUUAAAAAAUUAAAUAGUAUUUUUGUGACUAUUUAGUCAUUUGUCAAUAAUAAUUCAAAUUGUGAAAUUCCCUUUGCUGUUAACUGUCAUCAAAUACUAGUCAUGUUGCUAUAUUGCAUGUAUUACGAAACUUAUAAAUCUUUGAAAAUUUUGUUAUUUACACAUUCGUACUCGGUGAGCGUUAUUUUUAUCACUAUGUAUUUAUGCCGAAAUGGAAUGUAGCUCGCACUUUCCUAACCAAAAUUUUAAAUGCAUACUAAAACUGUUAAUUUUCAUAAUCCAUGUAAAAAUUACUUUGUAGAUUCCAUUUCGGCGUAACAAGUUUGAUAUCGCUAGCAAUGUGUGCAAAAUGCCUCCGAAGCGCCCCGUCACCCGAAUCAGCCACGGAAACUCAAAAAAGAAGAUUUAACACACGACACGACACGACGCGACACGGUACGACACGGAUUUCGUGCGACAACUGGUCGUCCGACCAGUCACUUGACUCGUUGGUCCUAGCAACGUUUCAAUUAAAACGUAUAUGAAUUGUAAUCUAGGAUGAUACUUGGAGAUUUUCCAGAUGCGGACUAGCUUUUUUACAUCGUCAAUGUAGAAACGCGUUAUCAUUGUUAUACAAUUGUAAAACUAUUGUAUUCUAAAAUGUAUUCCUUUGGCGUUGCGACAACGAGCGACCGACGUUUUUAUUUUGUUGUUUAUUUCAUCUUUAUAUUUGUGGUGGAUUGUAAUUUUAAUGAAAUUAUAUUAAUCGAUUAGGACGCGAAUAGAUAUUAAAUUCGUUAAUACACUUGUAAUCAGUGCGUAUGCUGCGUAGUGCGUACUUAAUUUAAACAUUUCAAGUUGCAGAAGACAAGUCUUCUAAUAUUGGUGAAGGAAUAGGACUAUAUGGAAACAAAAAAUGCAUUUUUAUAACAAAUUUAUUACGAUUCAAAUACACAUAUACGAUAGAUAUAUCUAUAGGUACUAACACAGAUUUGUAAAUUUAUAGGAAAUUAACGAUAUCCAUCACUAUUUUAGCGUAGGGGUAGUUUAAAAUUUGACAUUAAAAAAUGUUAGGCACCUUGUGCUGUAUGUUUAAUUCUUAUUGUCUAUAUGUAUCAUAUUUAUUUUACAUUUUCAGGGGCGUUAUUUUAGGUACAUUUGUUAUUUUACUUCGUUUCUUUCAUUAUUCGAAAUACAUUAGGUAUGUUAUAAUUUUAAGCCCUCUUAUGUAGAUAAGCAUUAAAUUAAAUGCAUGCUUCAAUGUUUGUCAUCUUGUGCUUCAAUAAAAACUUAAAAAAUGUC